UUUCGGCCGCGGCCGAAAUUUGUCUCGCAGCCGUCGCCAUGUUUAGAAGUGUGUACGCGUCCUUGGGCGUGCGGUGUGACAAUGUAUCGUAAAAUAUUAGAUAUAGCUCAUGCGUCGUAUGUUACGUGAGGUACCCAAUUGCGAGUUGACCCACGCGGAUCGCGGGCGUGACGAUCAUUCCCGUGGAUGGCGCACCUACGUCGUGGAAAUUUGUGAUUACAUUAUGCAUAACGUGCAAUGAGUGAUAAGCAAGGUGCACCUAUUUUACCACCCCUUAAUCGGGGUGCGGCUAAUAAUGGAGGAAAUAAUGGAGGUGCAGCUCAACAGACUGUCAGUCUGCAGCAAGUUCUCGCUACUCAAGGCCUCAAUGUGCUCUCUACUAGUAGCGGGCAACAGUUUGUCAUUACGAGUCAAGUUCCUGGUCUUACGCAGGUUAUACCGAAUAACAUCACGACUAAUGCAAGUGGAACGCAACAAGUCGGCGUCACGAGGAUCGUCAACAUUGCGGGGACGCCACCGCGUAACACGGCAGGAUUGGUGGCCGGGAGUGUCAGUGUUGCCGGUACAUCGCCGUCGGUCGCGUCGCGGCCACAGAACUCCACCAAGGUAGUAUUAGCGACAUCGCCGAAGCUCGUACGCACCUCAUUAAGCAACAUGUUUGCGACACCGAUGUCGUCGCAGACGUCAUCGCCACAGACACGGCUGCAAUCGCCGUCACCGCCGGCGAGAAAGCGAUUGAAAUUAUCGGAGACGACGGAGAAAACGGUUGCGUUCGAUAGCAGUGGCUACCGUAGACGGAUAUUGGAGCACAAGAUACGGCGGAUGCGCAUCGUACGGGAGAAAUACGUCGAGAAUGUGUCGGAGCUAUUCUUUUUGCAUAUCGGCGGAAAUAUGAUGGACUAUCCCAGUUGGCAGAAACGGCCUCCGACGCCGCAAUAUUUGCACUUUUUACGUCAGCAUCCGCUCGAUCCGGAUGACGAUGACGAGGAUUUGACAGUGCCGUUGUCAUCGGAUUUCUCGCAGUUGUCUGCUGUCACCACUGUUACUGCUGCCACCGUCGCUGCUGCUAUUACUACUACCACCGCUGCUGUCACUGCCACCGUUGCAACCGUUACCGCCGGUUCUACGAUGGUACAAAUCCCAAAUCAAAGCGCGGAAGUCAAGAUCUCCGGCGCGGGUGUUACGCCAAUAGCGCUUUCCACUACUCUACCUGCUGCGGCUUUAGCUCAGCUCACCCAACAAGGACAAGUACCAGGUAGGCCUCAAGGGGGCCGCCAUGGCAUGGUAUUUGCCUUCCGAGCGGCAAUCCAGUCUUCACCGUCAAUCACCGUUCAUCCUCCAUCCGCUUCUACUCUAGCACCUACGCUCAUUAUAGGUGAUUACUGUAGGUCGCCUGCCGUGUUCGUUUCUUCGUGUCUUUAAGUCGCUCCGUAUAUUGGUUUCGCUUUCGGGCAAUUUGUUAGUUGCUCCAAAUCCCUGAGUUCUUAUGAAAAUCUUAAUGAAAUUGAUUGUGGAACACCGGUAGUUACGGAACCGUCGAAGCCAGCGGUCACGAUUACUGCCCCGAGUCCGGUGAUGGAAAAACCAUCGUCGUCAAUAACCACCAUCGUCACCCCGAAAACGCCUACGACAACCACUGCGCUCAAUAACCCCCAGCCUGUCGUUAAGCUCGUUAAGUUGUCUACACCUACUACUGUAAUUACUUCCUGUGAUAUCACGAACAAUCAGGAGCAAAUUGUGGAAAAGGCUAAACAGGAGGCAUACGUGAUGCAGAGGAUCGCUGAGUUGCAACGUGAGGGAUUAUGGUCAGAGCGGCGAUUACCUAAAGUGCAGGAACCAGCUCGAACCAAAGCCCAUUGGGAUUAUUUGCUGGAAGAGAUGGUGUGGUUGGCUGCCGACUUUGCCCAGGAGCGCAAAUGGAAGAAAGCUGCGGCGAAGAAAUGUGCGCGAAUGGUGCAAAAGUACUUUCAGGAGAAGGCGAUUCAAGCGCAGAAGGCCGAGAAAUCGCAGGAACUCCGAUUGAAAAAAAUUGCUAGCUUCGUCGCAAAGGAAAUUAAAACCUUUUGGACGAAUGUCGAGAAGUUGGUGGAAUAUAAACAGCAAACGAGGUUGGAAGAAAAACGAAAGAAGGCGUUAGAUCAACAUUUGAAUUUCAUUGUGGGUCAAACAGAAAAAUAUUCCACAUGGCUGACAGAAGGUCUCAACAAGACCGAUGGUUCACAAAGUAUUCCAGCUUCCAUGAAUAGCUCGCGCAUCUCUUCGCCAGUUCCGCAGGGAAAAUGUCAUUCUGAUGAGGAAUUCCAGCCAAAUCAGAGUUCAGAUGAUGACGAGGAAACUAUAGCUAAGGCCGAAGAGGAAAUGAAAUUAACGACCAAUCAUAAAGAGGAAGUGGAAUUAUUGAAGAGAGAAUCGGAAAUACCUCUGGAAGAUCUUCUGAAAGAUUUGCCGCCAGAUUAUUUGGAGGAUUGCAACAAAAGCUUAUCACCGCAAAACGCAACAAACGAAGAGGAGCAAAAUGACAAUAAGGAAGCAACUGACGCGGAUGCAGAUUUCGUCGCGGCAUCUGGUGAAUCCUCAGACGAAGAAGAUACUAUCAUGGAAGAGGAGAGACUCGAGGGAGAGAUCGAUCAUAAAAGGGAACUCGAUGAGCUUAAGGCUGACAACGAAAUGUCUAUUGAAGAACUUGCGGCCAAAUAUGCAAAUAUGUCGGACAUGUUGAUGGACGUGGAUGUGGACGUGGAGGUUGAAGGUACAGAUAAAGAGAACAGUGACAAGGAAGCGGCUCCGGAAACCGAAGACCAAACAACCAGUAGCGAGAACGAGAGUGAAGAGAGUGAUCGCGAGAGCGACGAGGAAGAGAUUCGGACUCAGAGCGAUGCCGAGGCAGAUGUAGGACUUCAAUCUCUCCUUGAAGAUCCAUCUGAAAAACAAUCGGAUAGCAGAAUUUCAGACGAUCAUUCAGACGCUCGUAACGAGAUGGAUAACGUUGCCGCAUUGGCCGAGAGCAUUCAGCCUAAAGGAAACACAUUGCUCACCACUAGUGUUGUCACUAAAAUACCUUUCUUGUUGAAACACUCCCUUCGCGAGUAUCAGCAUAUAGGAUUGGAUUGGCUUGUCACUAUGUAUGAUAGAAAGUUAAAUGGUAUUUUGGCGGACGAGAUGGGUCUAGGUAAAACUAUACAGACCAUCGCGCUAUUGGCGCAUUUAGCCUGUGAGAAGGGAAAUUGGGGACCGCAUCUUAUAAUUGUACCGACCUCCGUGAUGCUCAAUUGGGAAAUGGAAUGCAAAAAGUGGUGUCCCGGAUUCAAGAUACUGACGUAUUAUGGGACGCAAAAAGAGAGGAAACAAAAGAGAACAGGUUGGACGAAACCGAACGCUUUUCACAUAUGCAUUACAUCCUACAAAUUAGUGAUACAGGAUCACCAAAGUUUUAGACGGAAGAAGUGGAAGUAUCUCAUCUUGGAUGAGGCACAGAAUAUUAAGAACUUCAAAUCGCAGAGAUGGCAGUUGCUCUUAAACUUCCAAACACAACGGAGAUUACUUCUUACCGGUACACCUCUUCAAAACAAUUUAAUGGAACUGUGGUCUUUGAUGCAUUUUCUUAUGCCUAAUGUAUUUCAAUCUCAUCGCGAAUUUAAGGAAUGGUUUAGCAAUCCUGUUACAGGCAUGAUCGAAGGCAAUAGCGAAUACAACGAGAAUAUAAUCCGUCGUCUCCAUAAGGUGUUGCGGCCAUUUCUCUUACGACGACUGAAAAUCGAGGUGGAAAAACAAUUGCCAAAAAAAUAUGAGCACGUGAUCAUGUGUCGUUUGUCAAAACGUCAGAGAUUUCUGUACGAUGACUUUAUGUCGAGAGCCAAGACGAAGGAAACACUCGCCAGCGGAAAUCUGUUGAGUGUGAUUAAUGUAUUAAUGCAAUUACGAAAAGUAUGUAACCAUCCGAACUUAUUCGAGGUGCGACCGACCGUUUCCCCGUUUCAAAUGGAGGCACUUGAAUUUCUGACCGCCUCAUUGGUUUGGAGCGUGUUCGAUUACGAUCCCUUCAAGCACAUCCAAUUGUCCAGUUUGAACUUUUUGCUGUUAGAUCUGGAAUUGACGCUCAGUGCAUUCGUUGCGCACAGAAUGAAACGAUUGCAAACGCCCAGAAAGCUUAUAGAGGAAAUAGAUAGCCAGCCAGAACCGACGCCGAGAUGUCCGUCCGGCCGGAUUAAGAUCAAUGUUAGAUUGUCGAAUCAAGCGAAACCACAGUCGUCAAAUACACAACAGCAACACCAACAACAGCAAACGCCAACUAGAUUGAAGAAUCUUGCUGGAGUAUUACCCACGCCAAGAGUGGGUACAUCUCUUUCAAUAAAAUCGUUAAAUACUAGUCAGGCUGGUUCAGGACGAGGUGUUACAUUGAGAGUUGCGAGUGGUCAACAAUUGCAAGGAUAUUCCGUGCAACUGGUGCCACAUCAGGCUGGCGUGAAAGCUAUUCCCGUGGCAACGCUGGGACAUAAUCCGCAAAGUGCCACUGUGACGUCAACUACGACAGGGACAAACGCGCAAAGAUUCACAGUGGGGAACGCUAGCCUCAGAGAUGGCAUUCAACGAUUAACGACGCAGACCGUCACGGUUAAGCAAGGCGAUUCCGUCCAGAGAAUAGCGGUGCCUGGUUUUGCACAGUUAGUUCAAACCUCUACCGGCAGACAUAUCCUUUUGACGUCGAAUCAACAGAAUACUAACACAGUUUCGUUUCCAGUCAUGACCUCCAGUGGUUCGCGUCUCGCUGUAUUGUCUAAAUCAUUGAUGGGUUUGUCCACCUCGGCCGCCACGACAGUGAACAAAGUCGUCGGCGGUGUGGUGACAACGCCGAGUGGCCGACCCGUUAUGAGAGUACCUCCUCUGAACGUCACCGCUUCGCAGUCACCAUCGGGCGGAAAUAGCCAACAGCAAUCCAGUCAACAACAAUCGCCAUCGAUACGUAGCAUCGUCACCAGACAAGCUCAGAAGGAAACCAGUAAGGCGCAGAGUAAAUCCGAACAGCCCAAAUCCGAAUUUCACUUGCCGCAGCUGGAGGAGGAAAGACGGCAGAGAAGACAGGCCAAAUUGUGCCUCACGGCAGACAUCAAUCAGCGAAGAUGUGCGGCGUGUCCGCUUUACGGUGAAGAUGUUUUCAUGGCUUUAAGAAUUGGCAAGCCUACGACGGCUUGUCGCUGGCACAACGGUUGGGUGCACUGUACGACGGCCAAGGAAAACAUUCGUACUCGCAAGCAGUUCUUUUCACGGACGGAGGCGCUCGCUGAAGCCAUCAAGAGUACAGAGCAGAUUGUUGAAGAGCUAAAAGAAGUCUUUGAAAGAUUUGUAGUCCACGUACCGGCUGUGCGCGCGCCGACGCCUCGAUUCCAUGUGUCUCAUCCACCACCUCACAAAUUGUGGGACGAACGUCAACUGCGGACUGAACUGCAAAGACAACUAUCACCAAAAUCGGCAGUGUUUCAUCCGAUCUCGAGUCUCAUGCUCACGCAAUUCCCUGAUCCCAGACUUAUCCAAUAUGAUUGUGGCAAGUUACAAUCGUUGGAUCGUCUGUUGAGGAAGCUGAAGAUCGAAAAUCAUCGGGUUUUAAUAUUUACACAAAUGACUAGGAUGUUGGAUGUGCUGGAAGCUUUUCUGAAUUUCCACGGACACAUAUAUCUACGAUUGGACGGCACCACUAGGGUGGAUCAACGUCAGAUUCUGAUGGAGAGAUUCAACGGUGAUAAGCGAAUUUUUUGCUUUAUUCUGUCAACGAGAUCUGGCGGUGUUGGCGUGAAUCUUACGGGAGCGGACACAGUAAUAUUUUACGACAGCGACUGGAAUCCCACGAUGGACGCUCAAGCGCAGGAUAGAUGCCACAGGAUCGGACAAACACGGGAUGUACAUAUCUACAGAUUAGUCAGUGAGAAGACUGUAGAAGAGAAUAUCCUAAAGAAGGCGAAUCAGAAGAGGUUGUUAGGCGAUCUCGCAAUUGAAGGCGGAAACUUCACUACGGCAUACUUUAAAAGCUCCACUAUUCAAGAUCUAUUCAACAUCGAUCAAACGGAGAACGAUGCAUCGAUGCGAAUGGCCGAGGUGCUGGAGCAGAAUCGGGAACGAGAAAAAGCUUGGAGCAAGGAACCGACAGCAGGAUCGUUUCAGGGCGGCAUCUCGAAUCAUACGGAGGAGAAAGCGGCGAUGGGUGCUCUCGAGAACGCUCUUGCCGCUGCUGAGGAGGAUCUUGAUGUUCAAGCCGCGAGAACUGCGAAAGCGGAAGCCGUUGCCGAUCUUGCCGAAUUCGACGAGAACAUUCCGCUAGAGGACGCCGACAAAGACGAGACGCAGGUCAGCAAGGCGGAACAGGAAGUUCGAAAUCUGGUUGCUCAGCUUACUCCAAUCGAGAGAUAUGCCAUGAGAUUCGUCGAGGAAUCAGAGGGAGCGUUUUCCGCGGCACAGCUGGCCGCGGCAGAACGGGAACUCGAGCAGCAGAAGAAGGAGUGGGAAUUGGACCGGCUGCGAGCGCUGCGCGAGGAGGAAGAGCGGCGGAUGCGGCUGGCCGACGACGACGAGAAACCGCUCACGUUCGGCCGCGAGGAUGCGCAGAAUCAGGUCAAUAGCACCGUCGCUAAGGGCGGCGGCUCUAAGCGAUUAGUUAGUAAGAGGCUAGCGGUACCGAGUAGAAGGAGUUCGCGUAGGCGUGGCGAUAGUAGGGUAGGAUGCGCGCGUCUCGAAUCUUCGUCGGAGAGUGAAAACGAGACCACCAGUACCGAAUCAGACUCGGAAUCACAGGAAGAAGACAUAGUCGAGGACAGUCUCGACGAGGAAUCAAGUCACACAGAAAGUCAGAGUCAGGGGGACGAGGAGGAGGAAGGAGAGGGGGGUGGGGAAAAGGAAGAGGAAGAUGAUGACGAGGAAGAGGAAGCCGGGGAAGAAAGCGAAGACGGAAAGGCAAACGAUCGCGAUUAUUCCGAGCGAGGGGGAGGUUUCUCGAGGCGAAAGGGUCGCUUAGCGGGAUCCGGCUCCUGCAGUCGGAAUCACUUUGAUCUGAAUAGCCCUCGCACGAGGUCUCGCGGAAAUGUACAAAUCAAUCUAUGGACUCUGGACGUGAGUCCCAUUCUGCCCGGUGUAAAACCAAAUUGUCGUCGGAAUCAGCGUAAGAAAUUUCAUCGCGUUAAAUCCGAGGAAACCUUGUUCUCACCGUCGUCGGAUACGUGUCCUAAGAGAAGCGUACGUAUUAACAUGAAUGCUAAGGUUCAGUCUACCAAUUCUUAUCAGAACGCAAAAAUCUCCAAAGUUACGGAGAUUGAGCGAGAUUUGUCGAAGAAUGAUACGGACUCGAUCGACUCAAACGUUAUCGAGCAACGAGUGGCUAAUCCCAACGUGAAGCGAUCCGUUGACGAUCACGUAGAUCCGAUGAUGCCAGUUGCUAAAACACAAUUGGAACAAACGAGAACAUUGGAAUCGAAUUCGGAUGAUAGAGAAGGAGCUGUUAAGGAAAAAAACGAUGAGAAAAUCGUGAAUGGGACUAAUUUAAUCACUGUCUGCUCUGUUCAAGUAACACGGUGCUCGCAAAAAAUGUUGUCCGCGACCUAUAGAAAAUUCGAAUCCGAAGUGAAUCGCAAUGAAGAUGCCGAGAACCUUGACGUAAAUGUCAGCGCGAGGAAUUCUCGGUCAUCUCCGAGCGCGAUACAACCGGAUGCGUCUCUAAAACGUUCAAAAGAGCCGCCGACGGCCAAGUCCAAAUCCGAAUUUGGCGUGUCGGCUAAUUCUUUGUGCAACAACGCGCGGGGAAAACUGGCGGGGACCGCCGCGACGUCGAGAGAAUCGGGAAACGUCGAAUCAUCUUCGAACCGUUCGGUUCCGCUCUUACGAUCGAAAACGUUACGAAAUGCAAGUCCCGACGCGGUUGAUAAGAUUUCCAAACCGCUCGCAAUAUCUCGCGUUUCAAUCGCGCAGCGAAACUCUAAGAUGAAUGCCGAUGAUACUCGUAGUAACAUGGUGGAGGAUGGCGACAAAGACGGUAUGUGUGAUAAUGAUAAUGACAAUGUCGAAUCGAUAGUAUCCUCAACGCGAAAGUAUACUAGUCAAAGACACAAUUCGAGUGAUACACAUGAGAAUUUAAACUUAAACGUUGCCUCGUUGCAAGUAUCGGAAAAGGGAACAGAUGAUCCGGUAUCGAACGUAUCCGACUCUCUAAACGCGUCCUCGAUAAAAAGCGAAGCCAAUUUGAAUGAGUCCAAAUAUAAGAUACGAAAAUUAGAGGUCACAAUUCCGCGAAGCGUGAUAACUCGUAGUUCAAAAAUUCCGUCGGUUAUCAACAACCACUCCGAGGAAAGUAAUGCGCGAUUGACAGACGACAAAGUCGAUUCGUUAUCUGAAAUUAAAAGUGGGUCGCAAACAAAAACGAGUCAAGGAACGCGAAGAAUUGAUUUGACGAGUUCGCAGCAUUUAGUCGCUGAACAGAGCAGAAUCACGCGAUCGCUAGCUCCUCCAUUGACGCCUCCACCUUUAACUGGCGGUGACGAGACGACAAAUUCGAAAUUGGCGCCGAGACGACGACCGGAUACUCCCCUUCCGCGACCGAUCACAAGAUCCGCGGUAAUUGUGAACACUUCUCUGAGAGUUUCGCCUAGUCGAGGUGAGAAAUACGUGACGCGGAAUUCGAAGCAGUGUCAGGAUAAUGGCCUGGUGAGUCCGGUGUUAUUGAGAUGCAGUAGCUCGAUAUCGCCAAUGAAACCGGAUCUUAAGGAGACGUCGGCGACGGCGAUAAAACGCCGUCCAGAUACUCCACGACCUAACAUACCGCCCAAUUACAACAACGAACAAAUUUCUAGAGUGACGCGCUCGGGAUUGACUUUAAAUUCCUCGGUCUCCUCGGCAAAGUCAGCGUCGUCGCCAUUGUUUUCUUCCCCCGCUUCCGCGUUUAAAACGAACGUCAAACAACCGCGAACGUCGCCGACGAGCAGUGAGCACGAAACUUCUACGAGCUUGAUAUCCCCAUCCUAUGAAAAGCCUCAGAGAACCGCUAAGGUCGUGGCUAUUCUCAGUCUGGACACGAGAAACCACCAUAACAGCAAUAAGACUUUUUCGUCGAUUCAGGCCAAGUCCCCCGCCAAUUGCGAGACGAAGAGUCAGGACAAGGAACAUCUUGUGCCGCGAUUGUUGCUGAGGGAUCAGGAGACAGAUCGCGAGGAAUGCGACUCGUCCGAUACUAAGUCCAGGAGGCUGCGCAGGGAAACGAAACGCACUAGAAAUGCUGCAUCGUGCUCGCUGGAAGACGACAGGGGUAACUCGGAUGACAGUAGCGACAAGGAGCCGAUGCAGAAGAGAUCCUUUCGCUCGCAUCUCUCUCCUUCAUCCUCCUCUUCCUCUACUGUCGCGACGACGCGCUCCGACAAACUGAGGAAUGCCACAAUAUCUUGAAUUUGGUUAUCGGAACAUACCAUGGAACAAAUGCCGAUGUGGUGCCCGCCCACUCCUCCUACAACGGAUAAUGAUGUAUAUAUUGAUUACGCUAUGAGCUUUCUUUAUGAGGAUACACCCAUGACAGAGGCUCAGCUACCUCCAAUCUAUGUGAAGAAGGAACGGAAUAGGAGCAGAAUUGAAGCUAAUCUCACCGACGAUGGUUGCCGACCUGUCAAGAUGAUGCGGCAUAAAGAGGAGUCUGUGUACGCGCCGAGAUCCCUCUUCGAUCGACCGUCACCGGCAUUGAUGAAGAUGCGUCGCGAUAUGAAGCUGCACAAGUAUCGCGCGAUUGUACGCCCGCCGGUAACAGUGUUGAAGAACUCUUCGCACGUCACAAAGAGCUCGCCAGAACCAGAUCAUGCGAUAGACUGGUUGAUCUACGAAGAAUGGAGUUUGCUACAUUCCAUCCAAAGCUAUCAAGGCUUACCGUUGAACACGAUAAUCCUCUCGCCGGGUCAUACGCCCAACUGGGACAUGGUGGCCGACUGUAUCAACAACGGCACCCGAUUACAUAGAUCGCCCAAGCACUGCAGAGGCAGAUAUGAGUCUGUGAUAAUACCGAGGGAAGAGGGUAAGCUGCUGUACGAUACUCCUCCGAAAAAGCAGAAGAAACAGAAGGGAAGCGUUUACAAAACACCGCAAGUCUCCGAGCAACAGAGUAAGAGCAACAGACCGAUGAGGACAUCGCAAUUGCACAAUCAAGACAGGAACAAUUCGUUUACACUAAUGGGCACUCAGAGAUAUGAGACUAUAAAAUCUGUGUCUAAUAAGCGAACACCUACCGUGAAACCGCCGUUGCUCGUGAAUCCACUGUUGAGAAAUCCUAUCGCAACUGCCUUAGUCGAAUGCGGGAUACAGAUUGAUAAUCCGAUGGUGCCAGUGGACGUUGCUACGCGACGCGCAGAUAGAAUUGCUAAGGAGAAGAUGAAGCACACGGUUAGUAAUGUUUUUACUCCGGAACAGCAACAACAGGUUGCAGCGCGGCUUCUACAACAUCAACAACAACAACAACAAGCCGCUCAACAGCAGCAGCAGCAGCAACUCAAGCUGCAGCAACAGCAGCAGACUCAACAACAACAGGCUGGACAACAAGUGGUCACGAACUCUGUUGGAUCACAAAUGCAUCAACUAUCCCAAGCAAUUCCAAACGUGAACAACGCCGGCGCCAUGACCAGCGCGAAGGCCGCCGCGAAUUUAACCAAUGUAGCAACGACUACGGUGGUCACUACGACGGUGAAGGCUCGACCUGGUGGAAGUGGGCAAGUAAUCAUACAGGACGCAAGAACAGCAUCGGCGAACGCUGCGAGUUUGCAACAAGCUGCUCAACGACUCGCCACAGGCGGUUUGCCACCCACUGGUCAAGCUUCUGCUAACGCAGCGGGUGGUCAAAAGGCGGGUCUGGUGGGCGUCGCGAUGGCCACAACGGGAAAUAAGGCAACGGCGGCGCAGUUGCAGUAUUACAGACAGCAACAAGUACUGCUGCGCCAACAACAACUCAACAAGGUGUUACAGACGCAAACUACUGGUGGUCAAAAGUUAUCCGUUGCGAUACCGACCACGGCAACGGCGGCAGUGCAACAGCAGCAGCAGCGGGCGGCGACAGCGGCCAAUUUGAUGAAGCAGGGUAUUCCCACAGUGGGCACUGCGGCAGCGCAGACCGGUGUAACCAAACAAACAAUAGCCAGGCCAGUGUCCGAGACGGAAAUGGCGUUGAUCAAACGGCAGGCGCUACAUCAGGCGAAGACUGCGGCCGCGGCAGCUGGGCAAAUGCCUCCAACAGGACUCACACCGGCGCAGAUCUUUGCCCAGGCCGGUCUACAGGUACAACAGAUGGGUACUUCUGCGAGUGGUACUCCGGUGGCGACUCUCGUCAAAACAGCCAAUGUGACAGGUGUUCGUACCGGGACGCCCCAACAGAUUCGUCAGCUUGCGCUUCACCCACAGAUUCUCGCUCAAAGAAAACUUGCAGGGCAGAAAGUCGCUGCGCAGCUCGGUAAGGGAGGUAUGCAGACGCAAUUGAUCGUGCAAUCGCCAAAAUCGCUACCCGUAUCAAUGCAGCAGAUCCAGCAGGUGAUAAAGCAGGUGCAACCUCCAGCAGUACAACAAUUUCCUCACGUUUCGACGGGACAGACGGCGUCUCAAACUAAUCCGAUAGUACUGGCUAAGUCGCAGCUGCCGACCCGCGUGAUACCAGUCGCAUCCGGAUCCUUGAAACAAACAAUACAGGUGGUGACUGCUAAUAACGCGCAGUUGCGGCAGGCUAUGCCUAUCCAAGGAAAACCGAUUGCCAGUGCGGUAAGACGAAGUCCCGGUCCAGGUUCCAGCCCAGGCCCGAGUUCCGCCACUUCCAGCUCUACCGCGGGUGCGGGUGCUAGUCCUGGCGUAGGGGCCGCCUCUUCAUCCGCCGUCCCAAGUCUAGCUUCUUCGCCCGGUCUUAGCCAAGUGAGAUUGCAAACCAUAACGCAUUCGCAGCAAAUGCAGAAACAGCAGCAGCAACAGUCUCAACAGGACACGCAACCAAAAUAGCUUUAUAUCAUAAUCGGACGGCAAUCCUUUAAAUUGAAUUGGGAAAUUCAGAAAGUAUAUUGGCGUGUGUUUCGUAUAUAUCAAGAAAUUUUACAGAUAUUUGUGUUAAAGAUAUAUCUAAGAAUCUUUUUGCUUGGAAUAUACAUAGAAAAAAAUAAUAAGGUAUGAAAUAUUUUGCGAUAUUACGUGUGAUUAUUAACAAAAGAAAAAUAGUAAAUAGAAAUUUAAUAUUAAUUAAAAGUUCUAAAUAAAAUAUUAGUAUGCAUAUUUUUUUGGUUGAUUGUCAAUAGAGACGAAUAUUCAAAUAUGCUAAAUCUAUUAUAGAUAAAGGAUGAAAUAUUAGUUUUCCAGGAGUAAAAUAUUUAAAUAGUUUGGAUUGAUUAUUGGUAAAAAAGAAAGAUUUUAAUUUAUUAAGAAUAUAAAAUACUAGAUAUUCUGAUCGAUUAUUGAGAGAUAGAAAAUAUAUAUAUAAAUGCUAUUUUCUUUAAAUAAAUAUUAAUCUAGAUAUAUAUUAAGUUUCUGACUUUCUCGAUUCAAUUAAACAUUGAACAGUUUCGUAUUUCUUUUUUUCUUUCUUUUCAAUGUUAUAAUAAUUCUAAUAUAAAUGGGAAUAUGAAGUUUGAUAAUGAUAGUAACACACAUUAAAGAUAUAAUAUAAAGCAUUCCAAGAUUUGCUGCAAACAGCCGUAUCUUGAUGUUACGUUUUGUGUCACAAUGUAAAAAAUAUAUUACAAGUAGAAUGAGAGAAGCUUAUAUACUCCGUCCAAAGAGAGAAUGACCUCGGUCCGCGCAUAAGCGGGCAAAGUGGGGAGAACAUGGCGAGAUACUCAAUACUGUAUACGUAGAUACGGCUUCUGUGGGUGGAGACCUGCGCGAAACGGACGAGUUUUCGUCCGGACUGAAGUCAUUCUCUCUUUGGACGGAGUAUAGCUUAUAUUCAUACAUCGUUUUAACAUCGCCAUUUUAUUUUUGCCUUUGUAAAUAAUUAAUAAUUAAAAUUUUUAGGAUUUUUUUAUAAUAUCUUGAAACAAUGGCAAAAUAGAUAAAUACUGAACAAUGUUCAGUGCGGAGCAUGAGAAAACCGAUUAAAGCAAUAGAUCAAAUUACUUUAAAGAAAAAAUUGUUGAUCAGUUUCCAGCAAUGUUGAAUUAUUAUUACGUUACGAAAUUGUAAAGAGCCUAUUAUUUUAAAUUUAUAUUAUAAGCACGUCGAUACGGUCCAAAUGCUUACGAGAAUGAGAAUCAAUGAAUGUUACUAACAAUAAGUCAAAUUAUCACAUUUACAUAUUAUGAAACUUUGCUUAUUAUAAAAAAAAUGUGUCUGUGUCGCGAAGAUGAGAUCAUGGUUAUUUUUAGCAAAAAAUUCUAUGAAGAGGUUUGAAGAGAGUGAAUCAUCUAAUUUUAAACAAUUGAUUUUGACAAUUAUUUUUGUGAACAAAACUUAUUAACGAGAUCUUAAUUUCUCUUUAAUUGUUCUUAUAUGAAAUUGAACUUGUCGAGAUUCUGUUUGUUUCAAUUACUUAUAAUCCGCUGGCGGAAUCUGUUCGAUUUCUGUUCGUGGUAAACGUUGUAAAAACUGUUCUACAUUAUCGAAUUAGGUGAUUCACUCCGUCUAUUAAGUAUUCCCGAUGUAAAAUAUUUGAAAAUUAUAUUGUAUAUAUUUUAUAGAAGAUAAUGCUUGUGUGGCACAUUCUCUUUUUCUCUUUCUACAUAAUAUUCUCUAACAGAUUAUAGCGAAGAAAAAUACUUAAUACAUCGUCGACGAAAUUACAUGAAACAAUUAAUCCAAGCAAUCUUCAAGAGAUAUUAAAAAAUUAUCUAAGGAAAUCAGAUAGAAAAUUAAGAUGUCUCUUAGAUGCUUAAAAAAGAUUGAAAAAUCAGGGCGUCUUCUGUACAAAGAUCGAAAAGAUUAGAACAUCUUCUGCGAUAUUUAAAAGAUCUCUUAAAAAUUAAGACGCUCUUUAAAUGUCCGAAAAACAUUCAGACAUAAAAAAGCUUCUUUUUAAACUUUUAUCUAAAAAAACAUUUAUUCCUUAUAUUUGAGGAGCGCUUUUUUUGUCUAGAUGAGAUCUGAGAAAUUAGAAUAUUAUUUCGACGUCUUUUGGAGACUUACAAAAUUGUAUCUCUGUAUUUAUGAUUGCCCGUAGGAUAUAACGAAGUUAUUCUAAGAACGCGAUGUUUAUACUAGGGUCGUUAUAAAGUUACACGCGAUACGAUACAGGGUUUUCAUUCCGUUUACGUACAGUGCGAGCCGUUUUAAAUAUAAACGUGUGAACGUCCUCGAAAGAAAAGUUUGCGAUGUUCGAUUACAUGAUCAAACAUGCAAUGAGACAGAAGAGAGAUAAUCCUUCCACCCCAAAAAAUUUUUAUAUCGUAUAUAAGCAAAGAAAACAACUAUUGCAAUUACAUGUCUCUUUCUGUACGUUUGAUUAAGAAGAGAUAUCUUAUAUAUGUCAAGCGAAGUUGACAUGUUGAAUCUAUCUCUGAUACGUCAUGAUAUAUCGUUUUCUUAUAGUAUCUUUUUUUCUUUAUCAUGUACGGCACCCUGUACGUACGUGUGUACGACAUGUAUAUGUAUAUAUGUAUGUAUAAUUUGUGUAUUAUAAGUGCUGAAAUAAAUCUCAUAAAGUAACGAAGCAGCUGGAAA